AUGAGGCAGAGUCAUUCACAAAAACACGGCGGCGAGCUUUCCUCCGUCGCUCUGAGGAGGUCAGAGGUCACGGCUUUAAGGUAAAACACUCAAAUUCAACAUAAACAGGAGAGAGAAUCAGCUUCCUGCUGCUGAGGCUCAAAGAUUAAAGAGGAGGAGGCGAGGAGACGAGGAGGCGAGGAGGCGAGGAGACGAGGAGGCGAGGAGGCGAGGAGACGAGGACUGCGGCCCACGCACUUUCAUCAGAGAGGAGCUGCUGCAGAGCCAUGACUCACUGCUUCACUAAAUCCACCGAUGAAGGUCCUGCAGAGACCUGAACCUUCACACACAGGUCUGUGACGGACCCUCUGAACACGGAGACGACUCAGAGCUCAAACCCGGGUCCCAGUUUUCUGAAGAGACUUCAGCAGAACCACAGAACGGAGCGUUCACAGAGACGUCGGCGUCCACGGAGACGUCGGCGUUCACGGAGACGUCGGCGUUCACGGAGACGUCGGCGUUCACGGAGACGUCGGCGUUCACGGAGACGUUCAGCAAAGAAAAGCGUAGCGGAGGAACCCCGUCUUUGGAAACUCCUGCAGUUUGUGUUUGA